CAUAUAACGUACCAUUAACCAUUAUAAAAUGGGAAAGACUAUACAUCACCCAUUACGACAACUUAAAACUUCUCCUCCUUUAAAAGACCAGACAGCCAACCCAUAGAGCAAAUCAGUUACCAGCUAAACCAUCUCUCUCUCUCUCUCUCUCUCGCUCGCUAUUACACAAACAGAAACACAGGCUCUCUAGUCUCCAUCUGCUGUAAAAUGUCAAACAUUGAAGGAGAAGAGCACACACAAAAGGCCUUCGGUUGGGCAGCAAGAGACUCCUCUGGAAUUCUCUCCCCAUUUCACUUCACCAGGAGAGCCAAUAGAGAUGACGAUAUUACCAUGAAAAUACUUUACUGUGGAAUCUGCCAUGCAGACCUUAUCUCAACAAAGGAUAGAUUUGGAUUAGGUCUUUACCCUGUUGUUCCUGGGCAUGAGAUUGUGGGGGAAGUGACCCAAGUGGGACCCAAAGUGAAGAAAUUCAAGGUAGGAGAUAAGGUAGGAGUGGGGUGCCUAGUUGGCUCUUGCCGUGCUUGUGAAAAUUGCCAGCAGGAAUUGGAACCCUAUUGUCCCAAAGCCGAAUCUACAUACACCAUGUUUGAACAUGGGACCGGAGAGAAAAACUACGGUGGAUAUUCUGAUAUCCUUGUUGUUAAUGAGCAUUUCUCCGUUCACUUCCCUGAAAACAUGCCGUUAGAUGCCGGAGCUCCGUUACUAUGUGCCGGGAUUACUGUAUACAGCCCCAUGAAAUACUAUGGACUGGAUGAGUCAGGACAGCAUUUGGGAGUAGUAGGGCUCGGUGGACUUGGGCAUGUGGCUGUCAAGUUUGCUAAGGCCUUUGGUAUGAAGGUGACUGUGAUUAGUACAUCACCAAGCAAGGAGGAGGAAGCUAUUGAACGACUUGGGGCUGAUUCAUUUUUGGUCAGCAAGGACUCGGACCAAAUGAAGGCUGCAAUGAGCACAAUGGAUGGCAUUAUUGAUACGGCUUCUGCACCUCAUAGUAUUGGACCUUUGAUUGAUCUAUUGAAGCCUCAUGGGAAGCUAGUGAUGGUGGGAGCACUUGGAAAAGCAGUGGAGCUACCAGUGUUUCCAUUACUUAUGGGGAGGAAGCUUGUUGGGGGAAGUUCAAUAGGUGGGAUAAAAGAAACACAAGAAAUGAUAGACUUUGCAGGGAAGCACAACAUAGUGGCUGAUAUCGAAGUUAUAUCAAUGGAUUAUGUGAACACAGCGAUUGAACGACUUGAAAAAGGAGACAUUAGAUAUCGAUUUGUCAUUGAUGUAGCGAAUACCUUAAAUGUUUAGAUAUAUUAAUCUCUAGCUAUCUGAAUCAGUGUAUUUGCUUAUUUUAUUUUUCUAUU